GAAAGAAUUUUUGUUUUUCCACAACACACCAGCCGUACUUUUAUUUUGGGCAGUCUGGUUCUAUAAAGACCAGCAGUUAGGUUAUUCGCAGAGCUAAAGUGGACUCCCGAGAAGAAUAUCCAGGAGCGCUUUUGGUGGGCGGGGCUAAGGUGAGAGCACCUGAAACAGGUGAACCUGCGUCAGUUUACAGAGAGUCGUCAACGACGUUGGAGCGUCGCGGCUGCUUAAUAGGAGUGGAUGCAGUUGUAGCGAACGAGAACCAUAGAUUGCAUUAAAAAAAAAAAAAAAAAAGCUGGCACACAUACCUUUUAAGAGUAUGAACUUCCAUGGCACUACUGAAAAUACCUUCACUGGAGAAUGCAAAAGAACACAGCUUCAAGUAUUAAUCCCCAAACAGAGACAUGAUGGAUGUGAAAAGAUUUAAAGAAUACAUAUCCUGGCUUUACUACCAGUAUCUCUUGGUCACCUGCAGCUAUGUGUUGGAGCCAUGGGAGCAGUCCAUUUUCAACACCGUAUUGCUGACAGUGGUUGCCAUGGUGGUUUACACAGCUUAUGUCUUUAUCCCCAUCCAUAUACGCCUGGCCCUCGAGUUCUUCUCCAGUUUGUGUGGUGGACAGCAUGAAAGUACUGUUGCCAUAAUGAGCUAACACAGAUUGCUGCGCUGCAGAAGAUGGCAGCUUUAAUGCCUGUAUUUUAGUAAUGUUGACAGAAGCACAUUUUAUGCUAAACUGUGGCUCAUAUUUGUGAUACUGUUCUGACAUAGUACCCCCUCCACUUAGAGCCCCUUCACUCUGAUGUCUUAACAGUUUGUUUAGCAGACAUUGAGUCAGCCAAUUUAAAUGUCAUGUCCACUUCGAUUUUGAGAAGAACACUCUAUUAUUG